AUGGAGGAGGUGGAGGCCGAGGCGGCGCCCAAGGCGGCGGUGGUUUUUUUUGCUGUACUUGCAAACGACAACCAGGAGCUCAAGAGCGACCUCAAGGACCUGCCCGUUUCUUCCGCAUGGAUGGGAGUCACAACCUCAUCCCCUUCCCUCCGCUCCGCACAGGCCGUCCGCCUUCGCCGCACAAAGCAGCGCUGCAGCACCCGUUGCACACCCCCGGGUCUCCAUCUGACCGCAGUAAAUUAUUUUGGUUUUUGCUUUCAACUCAGCAAAAGCCAGAUGGAUGUUGCCGGGAGCAGGAAGGCUGUUGUGAUCCACGUCCCGUACUGCCUGCGCAAGGCCUUCAGGAAGAUCCACGUCAGGCUCGUCAGGGAGCUUGAGAAGAAAUUCAGCGGCAAGCUACUGCAUAAGCUAGGACGAGGAAAUGGAUUUAGAUGCCGUGUGGGACUCUUGCAUAAAAUUGAUGGAUCAUUCCCACAGUUGUUGCAUCUUGCAUCCCUUUCUGUAAUUUUGACAUGUAUUUGUAGAUAUUUCAAAAACUCGACUGGUAAUUUGCCUAUUCUGAACCAACUAGUGUGCUCCAUUCCGCUGGGUUCUUGGGUUCCGAAAAUUGGUGAUCCUAACAGUCGUCCAUUGGCUAUGUUGCGACCUAAUGCAUCACUUAGCUCUGCCCUUAACAUGUUGGUUCAAGCUAGAGUAAGCUCAAUACCAAUCGUGGAUGAAAAUGACGCCCUGCUUGACACUUACUCUAGAAGUGACAUCACAGCCCUAGCAAAAGACAAGGUCUACACACAUGUUCGGCUGGAUGAGAUGACCAUUCAUCAGGCUUUGCAGCUUGGACAAGAUGCCAAUACACCUUUUGGAAUUUUUAACGGUCAGAGAUGCCAGAUGUGCCUCCGAUCUGAUCCUUUGCUGAAGGUGAUGGAGCGACUGGCUAAUCCUGGGGUGCGGCGGGUGUUCAUUGUGGAAGCUGGGAGCAAACGUGUGGAGGGCAUUAUAUCACUGAGUGAUAUUUUCAAGUUCUUGCUAAGCUUGUGA